UUCUGUAGGCUGUUGCUGUUGGACCCGAGCUGGGGCUUGCUCCUGGUGGUGGUGCUGGCGACGCUGUUCAUCGGCGCCGCUCGUUCGCUCUCGUUCCUGGUCGUGCAGACCCAGCAGCAGAGCCCCGAGGUGCGCGAGGCCAACGAGCUCAAGAUCUACAUGGCGGUCCUGCUGCCCGUGAUCGGGUCGGCCAUGCUCGUGGUCCUCUUCUACUUCCUCGACCAGCUGAGCGUGCUCCUCGUUGGGCUCUUCACCCUCUCGGCCUUCGUCUCGGUCACCUACGCGCUCAGCCCACUCUGCGCGAUCAUCGUCCGCUGGACUCGCCUCGCGCCCGAAUACAAGGUGCUGUGGUUCUGGUCGGAGCGUUUCCCGACGUCGUCGCUGAUGGGCAUGCCCGUGGCGCUCGCCCUCGUCGUGGCCUGGCUCUUCACCCGCUACUGGCUCCUGACCGAUGUGCUGGCGCUUUGUCUGGGGGUCACGGCGAUGGCCUUCCUGCGUCUGCCCAACCUGAUGAUCGCGAGCGUGGUGCUGUGGCUGUUCUUCUUCUACGACAUCUUCUGGGUCUUCCUCUCCGCCCAGUUCUUCGGCAAGAACGUCAUGGUCCAUGUGGCGACGAGUCUGCCGUCGCUGCCCAUCAUUUUGAUCAUCCCGCGCAUGUUCCUCAAGGGCUACUCCCUCCUGGGGAUGGGCGACAUCAUCCUGCCCGGGCUCUACCUGGCCUUCCUGUACCGAUUCGACUACAGCCGCCACCAAUGGACCUCCUGGGCCUUCACCGGCUACUUCCGAGUGGGUCUGAUUUCGUACGCGCUCGGGUUCGUGUGGACCUACGUCAUGCUCAUCCUCCUCCAGAUCGCCCAACCCGCCCUCCUCUAUCUUGUGCCCAGCAUCAUGGUGCCCACGGUGGUCAUGGCGCUCAUCAAGAAGGAGUUCAUGCUGCUGUGGCGUGGCUCGGCCUCGCCGGUGACGAUCGGCAGGGCCGCGGAGGAGCGCGAGCUCGAAGACCUCGAGGCCGGCACCUCCAAAAAAUCGCGGAGCGAAGUCUACGAGCCCGUCGGCGCCUACCCCGACAGCGACGAGGGCCGCGUCAGCACUGCCGUCAAGUACACCAUCGACGACGAAAGCGACGACGACGCCCACCACACGCAGUAG